UCUAAUCUAGCAACAUAUCUUGUAUACCUAUUUAUUUUAUUAAGUUUCACGAUGUUUUUGCAUUACGUUUCGUCGUUAAAACUUUUUAUAUCAACAUUUAUUUUGCUACAGUCCUUCAGUCUUAUCAAAAGUGAUGGGACGUUAUCGACAAAUCCAACAACAGGAUGCAAGGGCCUCAUCGACCUCAUUGUUGUGAUAGACGCAUCAGAUAGUAUCAACGACGAAGACUUCCGUUCGUUAAAAACGUCCAUGAAUUCCUUCAUAGACCUUAUUCACAUCAACUCUGCUCGCAUGGGUAUUGUGGUGUAUAGUUCAAGGAUUUCCUUGGAAAUACCUUUGACCGGUGACAAGGUUGGUCUACAGGAGAAUGUCACCCAUCUGCCUCACGACAAAGAAGGCACCAAUACAGACCUAGGCAUCGAAAGUAUGACCAAACUAUUUAAACAGGACGAACGGCCUGGCGUCCCUAUGUUGGGAUUCGUUUUGACCGACGGAAGGUCCAAGAACCCAAAUGCAACUGCAGAUCAGGCUCGGGUUGCUAGGGAGUAUGGUAUCAACAUGUACGCCGUAGGUAUUGGAAGUUUGAUGGACGACGACGAACUGAAUGCCAUUGCCAGUUCCAAAGAUCAAGUGAAAAAGGUUGCCUCAUUUUCAUUAUUGGCUAAUUCAAUAGGAGACCUCGUCAAAUUUGUCUGCCCAACGACUACCACAACAACUACAACGACAACAACCACCACUACUACCACUACCACUCCUGCUCCUACCACUACCACAACCACCACGACAACUACACCUGCGCCUACCACAACCACUGCUAAAGCUCCAGAACCAAGCACGCUGCCCCCAUCAAAAGGCGUGUGUGACGACUGUACCAUCGUUAACGGUAUAGGUUUUAAUCCUCACCCAGAGGAAUGUGACAAGUUUGUCCAAUGUUUCUUCGGAGAUAAUGGAGAAGUUCGUGCCAUAGAUAGACAGUGUGGGUUUGGCCAGUACUGGGACCAAACAGUGCUCACCUGCAGAAAGGCUGCUGAAGUUCCAUGUCGUAGAGAGAAAUGCCGAUACCCAUUUCUGUUGUCCUACCCAUACACCGGUGUAAGCAGCUGCCGAGCGCACUGGAAAUGUAACAUGGGCAAAUCUGAGGGUAUGUGUUGUCCCAAAGGCUAUUCUUACACACCCUACUAUGGAUGCAAGGCCGACUCAAGUUGUAACGACCCAUGUCCGCCAUUAUUCACCCACCAGACCGGGGGAUGUGAUACGAUGAUGGUGGUCGGGAAUCCCAAGGUGUAUAAACAGCACGUCAAUGGAUUUGGUUGGAUGGAACGUCCCUGUGCCCCAGGAACCCGCUACAAUGCUAUGAUUUGUGGCUGCGAAAUGUACGAAAGCAUCGUACCUGGCAAAGAGUGCAAACCAGUUGUCAACAUUCCAUUCGAUGGAGAUGUGAAGAAUAUUGCCGAUGGAACCAUUCACGUAGAGAACGACAAUGUUGAAGUCCUUCGAAACAGCUAUGGCUACUUCAAUGGUAGUUCCAAAUUAUAUAUCCCCUAUUUCGCCAAUAUGGAGUUUUACACAGAUUUUGUCAUCAUCAUGAAGUUUCUUCCGAUCAAAACAGGUGUUCAAGCGCUGCUAAGCAACAGCGACUGUUGUAAUGAUGGAGCUACCAUUAAUAUCCUCAAAACCUCAAGAAACAUUUACUUCCGGGCAAAAGCUGACGCAAAGGAAUCAGCUUCAAUCCGCCUUGGAAUACUUCAUGGAAACUGGAAUAAGAUCUACUUCAUCCACAAUCACUACAGUCUCGAAGCAAGAAGCAACGAGAGGACGACCGAGACGGACGCUUACGGACCUAUUAGGACAAGUUCAACAGGCCUACAGAUCGGAUACAGCAAAGGUUUCGAAAACUUCGUCGGCUUUAUGGACUAUGUGAAGGUCUUUAUGUGCCGCCCGUCCGGAGUGUAACCGGGACAAUGACCACCAUACACUUUCAUUAUUGAUUAUCAUGUAUUACUUCUAGUUGUUUCAUUUCUAGUGUGGAAAACAAUCGAAAAUUCAAUCUUUAUUAAUCUAGUAAUUGAAAUACAGAUGAAAGUGCUUUGCCUUUCAUCUAAGACGACAACAAACCAAUGAUUAUAACUGUUGUUUUGAUAAGGCAUCAUAGGUACAGAUGAUUUCUUAUACAACGCCUCUUUUAACAUAUUCGUGAUAUCAUUUUGUAUAUUGUUUAUGUCUUAAAUUAAGAAGUGACCUAUCUGUGUCUCCUUUGUAUAAUGCAAUUUGUUAUCAUUGGUGACAAAUCGUUCCGUUUUUCCAAUUUGUGCAAUAACUACACGAUCACCGAUCUCCAAGUUAUAUCAUAUCUUAAUAUUUAUUUAAGUGAGUUAUAUAAAAUGAACAUGUUACAACAGCAUGUCAGUAAAAAGAUGUACUUAUGCUUUAACUGAACGUAGUGAUGUCUUGAAGUGUACAUUUGUGUGCAAUAUAAGCCGAGUGAGUGACUUUGACUUAAUGUUAAACGUGUACAGUUGAAUAAAUGUAAACCAAUUUAAAAAAAGUAUUAUACGUCCAAGGAUGCUGGGUUACAUAUUCCUUUGUCUGUGUGUUUUUAAUGUUUAGUUAGGCAUGCUAUUUAUCAUGAUACAAUUAUAAUUUAUAUUUUAAUAUAUUUGCUCUUGAAUAAAUGUUACAUUUAAAUAUU